UCGACUAGUUUCACCUGUUUCUAUGAUGGGUGACUCAUUCAUCAUAGCGAUAGACUUUGGCACCACAUACAGUGGAUAUUCCUUCAGUUUGACACCAAGAGGGAAAGAUAUUGAUCCAUAUUUAAAGUGCUGGGGUAAAGAGAUUGGAAAAGAGACACCAAAGACUCCAACCUGCAUCCUUUUUGAUGAACAUGGAGAAUUUAUGAAAUUUGGUUAUGAGGCUCAAAUGGCUUAUGUUGAAAUGCGUGGUGAGAACGCAAGGAAACACUUAUACUUUGAAUGCUUCAAGAUGUCCCUCUAUGGCACAAAACUCAACAGAGAUAUGAAGAUUAAAGCUGCAAAUGGAAAGUCAAUGAAGGCCUUGAAGGUUUUCACUGAAGCUUUGCGUUACCUGAAGGAAGACGCCUUGGAAACCAUCGCAGCCAAUACAGCAGGAAGGAAGUUUUCAGCCUCUGACUUCACCUGGGUGCUGACUGUACCUGCGAUCUGGCAUCCUUCAGCCAAACAGUUCAUGAGAGAAGCUGCAACUCAGGCUGGUAUUGUGACCAAAGGAACAGAGAACAAGUUGGUCAUUGCACUGGAACCAGAGGCAGCUUCAGUCUGGUGUAAGAAGCUCCCAGCUGAAGGUUUUAUAACACAGAACCAUGGAGGAGACUCACUGGAGCACUCUCCAGGAACACAAUACAUUGUUGUCGACUGUGGAGGUGGAACUAUUGACAUAACUGUCCAUGAGGUGCUGGAUGGAGGAGCCCUGAAGGAGCUGCACAAGGCCUCUGGAAAUGAUCUGGGUGGACAAACUGUGGACAAGAAAUUCAAAGAGUUCCUCAGAGAAAUCUUCUGUCAUGGUGUCUGGGAUGAGUAUGAAAGUAACUAUCCCAGUGAGGUUCAGAGAAUGAUGUAUGAGUUCACAGUUCUUAAACAAGAAGAUGAAGAUGUUCAGAUCAUCUGCCCAUUUAACCUGGGAUCAUUAGCUCAGAGAAGACAGGAAAUAGAAAAGUUCUUUGAAACAGUGCAAGGUGCAUCCUGGAACGACGGGUCAAUCAAAAUCUCCAAACAGAAAAUGAGGUCUUUCUUUGACGAGAGUCUAAACGGCAUCAGUCUCAGAGAAAUCUUGAACAAAGACUUGAGUGUUGAGUUCAUCCUGUUAGUGGGAGGUUAUGCUGAAAGCAAGAUUCUGCGUCAACACAUCAUCAGUCAGUUUAGUGAUCAGUGUAAAGUUCUGUGUCCAUUUAGGCCUCAAGAAGCAAUUGUGAAGGGAGCUGUGAUGUUUGGAAGAAAUCCAGAGGUGGUGGCAUCUCGGAAAAGUGCCUUUACUUAUGGGACUGAGAUCAAUCCAUGGUUUGAGGAGUCCAGGCAUAAGGCAGAAAAGAAAUUUAGAUGCACAAGUGGAGAGAGGUGUUUGGAUAUUUUUAAGCAACUAGUGGAGAUUGAUGAAGAUGUAGGUUGGGAUGAAUCCAGAGAGUACAUCUUCAGGCCAGUGGAAGCAUAUCAGAGAAGUAUGAUGUUUACAUUUUUUCAGACAGAGAGAAAAAAUCCCUUCUAUGUGGACGACUGGGGAGUGGAAGAAAUUGGCUUGGUCACUGUUGAAAUGCCCAACACUACACGUGGCAUGGAUCGUCAAGUCAAACUGGAAAUCAAGUUUGGCUUCACAGAGAUGACAGCGACUGCCACUGACAUGGAAACAAGGUCAACAGCAUCAGUCAAGCUUAACUUCAUGACUAAAUCAUGAAAAUGUUUAAGAAAACAUCAAAAUCAUUAUCAGUUGUAGAUAAAAGGCAAAAGUUUAAUUACACAAUCUUAGAUGCACUGGAAUUGACUAAAAUGGAAGAAUCGUGAUGAUCAGUUGUCUUCGGGUGUAAGGAUACAUAUAUAUAUAUAUAUAUAUAUAUAUAUGGCAGGUGUUGUAAAUCAUAAGCGAGUUUUGCAAGGAAGUCUGCUACUAACUGAUAUUUAUCAUAGUUUGAUCCUGUGCAGUUACACUGUGGGUCUGUUAAUAAAAUAGACUGUACGUCAGCUACAAACAUAUUCUCAAGGAUUUGUUUUUACAUUUAAAAAUGUGACAUGCAUCAUGUCAAACUACUCACAUCAGAGGUGUAAAGAGAAAACUAGAAACUUGGCAUCAAACUUAGUUCCUUUACUCACCAAGAGCUGUCUCCAGAGGUAGAAAGGGUGUUUCAUCACCUCCCUAUACAGUAGCGCUUCUCAGACAGCUUAUUAUAACGUCUUAUAUUUUAAAUGCAACAAUGGCUGAAGAUCUUGGCAAGACUGGUAAUUAAACAGCUGUUUGUAUGGCUGUGAAUGGUAUGUUAACAAAUAGCUUUUUUUUUCUGUCAUCGAUAAGAUGAUGUUGAGACAAUCUGGCAGGGAGAUGAACUUCUGUCAUGAAGGAUCUGUGGAUCUGUUGAAAUGAAUCCAAUUUAUUGUCAUAAAACCUGCCCAGUUCUUGUGUUAUUCAUGUUGUGCUAUGUCCAACUGAAAUUCAAUAAAAUUCCAGAAGAUCAAUCAAUCAGUUAGUGUUAUUUAUAAUAUAGAAUCACCAUGCA